CAAACAAUCGCCUCCGAUCUCUCCUAUCUCUCUCUUUCUCGCUGCCCGCCUCACCUCCUCGCAGCAAAACUUCACUCUCUUUCUCUCUCAUCAAACCGAACUCCAUUUUUCCAAUUUUUCUUCAUUUUUUUCGCUUUGUCUAAACCCAAAACUCUUCUCGUUUCUUCAGCUUGUUGUUUCCAAACACCAAUUCAAUUUCUCAUUCAAUUUAUUUUUAACGGAUAAAUUUUUGCCCCAUUCGAUUUCCCCCCCUUUUUUUUUGCCCUAAUACAGCGAUCUGGGUCUUUAACAUAAGUCAGCCGGAGUUCAACGUUUAGGUUUCCGACGGCCGGAGUUUUUCCAGAUUCGGUGUCGGUUUUCCUUGCUGUCGGUGGCUUGUCGUAACUGAAUCGACGUGGUUUUGAGUUGCAACAUUGAAGAGGAAUUAGGGAUUAAAAAAAAGCUAGGGUUUCGUUUUUCUUUAAUAAAGGGUGCGCGGCGCGGGUGUUUGCUGAGGGAAUAAGUUGAAUUGAAUUUCAACGGACAGGUAUGCCGCGGAGUUCGAGGCACAAAUCGCAUAAGCAGAGCAAACACAGUUCGAAGGAGGCGAAGGAGUACUACUCGGACUCGGAUGAGGAUUAUGUGCGUAUGAAGGAGAAGGAUAAGGAGAGAAGUGGUGGUGGUAGUAAAGACGAAGGGGGCAGCGGUGCUGCUAGGGUUUCUAAGGAUUCAUCCAGCUAUUCUGCCUCUGGGGAGAAGCGGAAGCUGUCCUCUUCCUCGCUUUUGAAGGAUGGAAAAGAUCUGAGCGGUAAUGGAAAUGGGGAUGCUGCUGGGGAAGAGUACAUUUCAUCCAAAAGGCGAAAAGAUAAGUUUGAUGUAGACGGGAAGGAUGAAAGUAUGAAAAUAGAUUAUGAGAAGGGCACAAAAUCCAAGGAAUCUGGUAAAGGGUUGUUUGGGGAUUCGAAAAGUAAGAGUAGCAGUAAAAGGCAUGAGAGUGGCAGCGGGGAGAAGGAGGACAGGAGUGAAUCAAGGAGGAAGUCUUCUGAGAAGGAGUCUGGAAGGAAAGAGGGAAAAGAUUCAUCAAGGGAGGUGAAGGAAAGGGAAAGGGAGAAGAAGGGUCAGGAGAGUAAAAGGGACAGCGAAUUACUACCAAAGAAGCAAGGAUUACAAUGGGAUGAUAGUGGAGAAGAAAGACAGGGCAAGAAAGGUAGAGAAAAUAAUGAUGUUCCUGUUCAGGAAGAUUUCCGAAAUUUGGAACUUGAGAAGGAACUUGAAAAGAGGAUCCGUAGGAGACGAGAGGGCUCCGGUGAUAGAGAUAAAGGUCUUGAUGCAAGAGAGAGUGAUGAGAAGUAUAUUUCCUUGAGGGGUGACCACUCUAAGGAUGGAAAAUACAAAGAUGAAAAGUACAAAGAUGGAUUUUAUGGGGAUAAGAACCAGGAUGAAGUGGAGAAGGAUGAUAGACAUCGUGAUGUGAAGUACCGAGAAGAUGCAGACAAGGAUGCCAAGUAUCGAGACGUUGGGGAUAGGGAUUAUAGGUAUGAUAAGUACCGCGAGGAUGGUGAUAAAGAGAAUAGAAGAAGAGAGGAUAAGUAUCGGGAAGAUGGUGACAGGGAAACUCGUCGGAAGGAUGAUAAGUAUCGCGAGGAUGGUGAAAGAGACAGUCGGCGCAGAGAUGAUAAAUAUAGAGAAGAUGGCGAAAGAGAUAAUAAGCGCAGGGAAGAUAAGUAUCGUGAUGAUGGUGAUAAGAACAGGAGAAGAAAUGAUGAAAAGCAUUAUGAAGACUUGGAGAAGGAUGAUAAAUACAGGGAUGACAAGUAUAGAGAAGAUACUGACAGAUAUAAGGACGAUAAGCGUCGUGAAGAUUAUGAAAGAGACAUCAAACAGAAGGAUGGCAAGCUAGUAGAUGAUGGUGAUAGAGAGAAGAGGUCUAGAGAUGGUAAGUACAAGGAUGAACAUGGUUCAAGAGACCGCGCCGGUGAUAAGUCUUCUGAUGUUAAGCGUCCCAGGGAUGAUGUUCACAUUACGGAGCAUUCUUUGAAAUCAGGCACACGAGAUGCUUCUCCUACUUAUGAUGAUCGAUCCAGGUUGAAAGAUGACCAGGUUCGGAAAAGGAAGCUUGAUAAAGAGGAUUAUGGUGAUACAAAGUCACGGAGUGCUAAAGAUCAAAGAUAUGAUGCUGAUAAGAGAUCAGCUAGCAAUGUUAGGGUUGACCUGAGUAGUGAAAGGAGGUCUGCUUCAAGGAAUACUGACCUAGACGGAGUUCCAAGCCGCAGUAGACCUCAAGGUUCACCUAGUUCCGGUGGUCAUGUUACUCGGGACCAUUAUAGGCUUUCAAAGCAUGACGAGUCAAAAUAUAGGGAGUAUGCAUAUGAAGAUAGAAGUAGGCAUGCUGCAACCUCUGGUAGAGAUUAUCCCGGUUCUUCUGGAGCGACGGAUAAGGUCUCUUCAUCCAGAGCAGUGGAGAUGAACAUUCAGAAGGAUGAUAUUCAUUCUAAACAUUCUCCCGGACAGUUGAUUGAUAAGUCCCCUUCAUCAAUAAAUGUGGAUCGCAGGCAUGUGAGUAAAUCUGAUGUUAGACGGAGUAUUGAUGUUGAAGAGCAGAGAAGUGGUGGCUCUAGAGAUGCUAAAGAUUAUUUUGGUAAGGAAGGCAGAGGAAACCGCGUUUUGCCCAAGGACCCACUUCCAGGUGACGACCAUUCCCAGGCUGAGGGAGACAAUCUGUCUGUUUCUUCGCCCUUUGUUAGGCCUGGUCAUUUCGUCCCUAGGUCUCAUGUACCUCCUUUCAGGACAGGGGUUGACGGGCCUUCAAAUUUUGGAGCUGCUGAAGAUGAUAAUAGAAUGAAGUUCAAUAACCGCCAUAGAAAUCCAAAUCUGGCCAGAGUUCCAGGGAGCCCUUGGAAUCCAAGCUGGCCCCCACAGAUUGCCAAUGGGUUCAUGCCUUUUCAACAUGCCCCUUCUCCUGUUGCUCCCCAUUUAGUAAUGCCACAAUUUUCUCCACAUUUGUUUAAUGUAAGAUCUUCAAUGGAGUUUAAUAGUCAUGGAGUUCCAUAUCAUAUCCCCGAUUCUGAGAGAUUUGGUAGCCAUGUUCGGCCAAUGUGGCGAAACUCAAUGGAUGAUUCGUACCCACCUCUUCAUGUUUGGGAUCCUAAUAAUGCUCCUUUUGGUGAAGAACCUCAUGUAUAUGCGAGGCCCGAAUGGGAUCACAGUAGACCCGUGCCCGGUGGUCGGGGCGUGGAAUCUAAUUCAGAUAUGUGGAAGGGUCCAAAAGGUGAUACUAGCAUGGAUAGCUCCGAGAAGGAAAGCAGGUAUACUAAUUUACCGGAUGGAUCUUUGCCUGGCCAGACUGCAGAACGGGUUCAAAUUGAUGAAAAUCAAACUGAUAAUCCCACUGAGAUCAGUGAACCUAAGCAGUACAGCGAUCCGGAAAAGUAUCCUGAAAACGAAACCAAGAAUGGUCCUGCUGUGGCUCACGUUUCGAGAAAGUUGUACAAGGAUAACCUUAGUCAUUAUCAUGUUUAUCUUUCCAAGCUCGAUAUUUCUGCUGAUCUUGCUGACCCUGAGCUGUAUAGUAAGUGUACAGGCUUGAUCGAUGUGGAUCAGAAAAUAAUUUUUGGUGAUGAAGAUUCGAAGGUUUUGUACGUGCAGGAGGCUGCCGAAAAUGAUAUUCACGAUUCAAAAUCGAGAAAUUCACCCUUUACAAAUAUCGGCGAUUCUAUUUUUCAGAAAGCCAUAACUCUGUACAAGAAACAGAGAGAGGAGUUUGUGGUCAUUAGAGGGGAGAACCCCGGGUUAUCCAAGUUGUGCAUCAAGGCCGAAGUGGAGUCUGAUCUGGAGAUGCACCUCUCUGAUAAUCAUAAAGUUGAUAAUGCGCAACUGGGUGAGUUAUAUCCAAGUAGCAAUGAGGAAGUCAAGCAGCUGCCUGUAAUUAAGCCCAAGUUGGAAGAUGUUUCAAUGGAGGGCAAUGAGGAGUUGGAUGAACCUGUGGUCGCUGCCAAACUUGAAUUAGAUGAACCUGUUGUUGCUGUUGCUGAUGAUCUGGAGAAGCCCGAAAGGGAGAAGAUGGGGCCAAAAGAUGGUUCGAUGACUGACCUAGAGCCUCAGAAAGCUGUGGAGUCAUCUGUACCAAGCAGUUUGAUGGCGGAUAAUCAUGUGGCUGGUACCGGCGAGGAUCAAGAGAUGGCUGAUGAUGAUAUAAAAUGUGAACCCUUGGUUUUGUCGUCGACCGAGGGGUGUGAGGUAGUGAUGACAGAGUCAAUUGAUGAGUCAGGAUCAGUAAAUUUAAGUCGGAUACAUCGUCAUCAUCAUCAUUCUCCUGAAAGUACACAUUGAGACAUUUAUUUUCUUUUUUGUGUUUUGCUAGUUUUUGAAAUGCCCCCGUCGGUAGCGCUUCUCUAAUUAUCUUCCCGAUCUUGUGUGCUGCCGCUGCUUCAUUUUUAGUUUUACAAAAGCAAUAAAACAUUUAGUUUAGUUUAAAGAGUUCAUUUCUUCGUCGAAGUUUUUGGUUUGCGGGUGUGAUUUGGAGAUAAGUGUGGUGAUCCAUCCCCUUGUUCUACUUUUGUGCACAAGCGAAGGUAAGAUCUGCUAUUAACUGUUGCUACGUUCAGUUUAUUGCAGUUUUUCAAAAGGGAUAAAAAAAAAAUAGUUCUCGGUGAAAAAUAAGGAUUUUUCUUUCAUGUCCUGCAAGCAAGAGUUGCAACUUAAGAAAUAUUGUUUUAAUAAGAAAUAUGUGUUAAAGUUGACUGCAAAAUAUAUUACCAUUACACAUGGUUAAAUUUUAUUUGUGUGGCAGGG